UUCACAAUCAAAAGUCUGGGAGUAAACCAACCGAGUACAUUUCCGGCGGAAAAAUGUUUCUAAGGAGGAUGGCGCGGCCGCUGAUGAUGAUGGCAAAAGUGAAGGAGACGACGGGUAUAGUCGGUCUCGAGGUGGUUCCCAACGCCCGUGAGGUGCUCGUCGGGCUCUACAACAAAACCUUAAAGGAGAUCAAGGCGGUCCCUGAGGACGAAGGCUACCGUAAAGCCGUUGAGAGCUUCACGCGCCAACGCCUAAAGGUCUGUCAAGAGGAAGAGGACUGGGAGACCAUCGAGAAGCGCUUAGGAUGUGGCCAGGUCGAGGAGCUGAUAGAAGAAGCUCAGGAUGAGCUUAAGCUAAUCGGUCACAUGAUAGAGUGGAACCCAUGGGGUGUUCCCGAUGACUAUGAAUGUGAGGUUAUUGAGAAUGAUGCUCCAGUGCCUAAGCACAUCCCCCUGCAUCGACCAGGUCCUCUUCCUGAGGAGUUCUACAAGACAUUGGGGGCUGUUAACACUGGCACCUUGGAGGAUGCUGUUUCACGCUCCAAGGACGAGCCUGCAAUUACCUCGGGCGAAUCACAAUCAAAAUAGUGUGUUUCUGAUCCCAUUAGUUGUUGUCGAGCAACUCCAAGGUUUUCACUUAAAAUCUGGAUGUGUUUUCCAUGUCAGGUUUGUUGUCUCUUGUUUACGCUAUUUGAAAUUGUUCUGUUUAAUACUUUUUUGAUCGGCAUUUAAUUGGGAUUAAGAACCCAUAAAAAAGCUCGAGUUUUUAGUUAAUAAUUUCAAGUUGACUUGGGUUUAUGUUGAUUCUGGUCUGGUCCUGUCCACGUCCAUGUCUGGCACAUCAAGUAUGUACAACACUAAUAAUUCUUCUCACUAGAUGCUAAAAGUAUCUGGAUUGUUAUGCCUAUAUAUGUUCCCAGUUUCUUCA